AUGGCGCCGAUCCUCACCACGAAUCCGACAGUAACGCUCACCCCGAAGCCCCUUACACCGGAGAACUUCGCACAAUUUGGAACAGCAGUGGUCUCCCCGCUACCACGUCGACUAAAUAUCGCCCCUCAAAUAUCAUCCCUACCGCCACAUGAGCCGACCCCGGUCCUGGCGAACCAGAACUCCGCCUUGAAGUACAGUCCCAUCUCCCCGCUGCUCGACCGCUACAAUGCCUGUCCAAGCGGACAGCCCUCCGAGGCACGCAUGACCAUGUUCUGUUGCUUCCCGCGCAAGUUGCGCUCGAUCAGUCAAGGCCGACAGCAGCCAGAAAAGGAGGUCUUUGACGUGCGAAUCCUUGAGCGCCACCCUUUUACAAAUCAGACUUUCAUUCCUGUGGAUCUCUCUGCUCAUUCCAAGGUCGGGGAUGGCGAGGAUGAGCCUUUGUUCUUGGUUGUUGUUGCGCCGACCUUGAAGGGCCAGACUGCCACGGCGAAGAAUGAUGCAGGGGAGACGAUUACCAUUCGUGACCCGCCGGAUUUGAAUAAUGUUCACGCGUUUGUUGCACGUGGCGGCCAGGCUGUCACGUAUGGGGUGGGAACGUGGCAUGCGCCUAUGGUGGUUCUGGGCAAUCGACGGGUCGAUUUUGUCGUCGUGCAGUUCGUCAAUGGGGUUGGGGAUGAAGAUUGCCAGGAGGCUGCGUUUGGGGAGGGUGUUGUCAUUGAUCUUGGCCGAAAGGGUCAGCUUGGUCGGGUGGAGGAGGAGCCAAAACCAAGGUUGUGGUCGGCUAAGCUCUGA